AUGAAAAAAUAUGGCUACCAACAGAGUAAUUCGGACCAUACCCUGUUCAUCAAACACCGAGGGAGUCUUAUCACUUGUCUCAUCAUUUAUGUUGACGACAUGAUCUUAACAGGGAAUGAUUCCGAGGAAAUUAUUCGACUGAAAGAAAAUCUUUUCGAAGAAUUUGAGAUGAAAGACUUGGGAAGAUUGAAGUAUUUCUUGGGUAUUGAGGUUCUGAGAUCGAAGGUGGGAAUCUUUAUGAGCCAGAAGAAGUAUACACUGGAUCUUCUGGCAGAGACCGGAAUGAUGGACUGCAAACCAGCACUUACUCCUAUAGAACUGAAUCAUGGACUACAAAUAACAGAAGGAGCAGAAGAGACAGAUCGAGGGAGGUACCAACGGCUUGUGGGAAAACUAAUCUACUUGUCACACACUCGUCCAGAUAUUGCCUAUGCCGUGGGAGUGAUCAGUCGGUUUAUGCAUCGGCCUCAGAUCGAACACAUGAAGGCAGCUUUGAGAGUUGUAAGAUAUCUGAAGGGGACGUUCGAUUAUGGAGUUCUCUUCAAAAGGGCCGAACAUCUUGAGAUCCUUGCCUACACAGAUGCGGACUGGGCCGGAAAUCCGGUUGAUCGGAGGUCUACAGCUGGGUACUUUGCAUUAGUUGGAGGAAACCUUGUUUCGUGGAGGAGCAAGAAACAAAAGGUCGUGGCCUUAUCCAGUGCUGAAGCAGAAUUUAGAGGAAUCAAGAGUGGAAUUACUGAAGUGCUGUGGAUACGGAAAUUACUCAUGGAGCUUCGAUUAUUUUCUGGAAAGACGUUGCCUUCUAAUCCGGGAGCACUAGUCGUGAACGUAGGAGACCUUAUGGAGCUCAUAACAAAUGCGAAGUUCAGAAGCGUGUACCAUAGAGUAUUAGCUAAUACUGAGGGCCCAAGACUCUCGGUAGCCUUCUUUUUCAGACCGCAUAUGAACGAAAGCAGUCAGUCUAGGCUGUACGGACCGAUGAAGGAGUUGCUGUCGGAAGAGAAUCCGGCUAUUUACAGAGAAGCCACGGGCGAGGAGAUUGUUUGGAUACGGUAUACGAAAGGGCUCGAUGGGGUCCCUUUGCUAUCACAUUUUAGGCUUAACUCAGAGUCCCCCCAAGUGAAAUGA